AAGUAAAAAAGUUUAAGCAACAAGUAAAGAAGUUAUUGACUUAAUAUUAUUCCUUAUUUUCUUUGUUUAAUUCCUCCGAAAAAUUAAUGACGUUUGUAUUUAUAGUCUUUGGCUUUUGACACAUCUGUCUGACGCUUCUGACAAAUGGUGAAUGAUUGUCUGUGGUCAAUAUUUUCAAUGUAAAAUGCAAAGGCGAUAAAAUCAUUAGCUAAUUUAGAAAUUUAAUUUAGAAAACUACAAUAUUUUCAAUAUGUGUUUCGUUUGACAAAGUGCCCAAUUGUAGGAGAGUGCAUACAGUAUUCGUAUGGUGGAUGCCAUUAAUGCUAUAAUGCAACAUGUCUCACUAUGGAACCAUGUACAACAGGACAAAACGAAAGUGACUAGUUGACUGCCCUUUUAUUUAGUUUAAUAAUUAAGGCUUAGGUUUUGUUAAUUAGUUUAUACAAUGGCGCAAACCGUGAGACGUGCCAUUGAGGGAAGGUAUCCCUCGUGUUACCUUACCAAUAGAAUAAAAGAAAGAAGGGCCAAAGUCAAGGCAUUGAGGCUAGAACAGCAGCGUAAGCCUGACAAGCCAGAAGACUUUGUGUGUUACUCUGACAGUGACAGCGAGGAGGAGACGCCGACCCAGCAGCACAAGAUACUGUCCACGUCUUACAACUUCGUGGACUAUGUGCGCUCCAGGGAGAUAUUGGCGCCUGAGCCGCGCUCCGUGGAGCCGUCGUACGCCACGCGGCACAUGCUCACCAACGACAUGUUCCGCGAGUCUGCCAUCAACCUCGGCAACAUGAACAAGGUGUUCUGCUCGCAGUGGCUGUCCGACCGGCAGGUCGUGUUCGGCACCAAGUGCAACAAGUUGAUGGUGUACGACGUGCGCUCCCGCUCGCUGGACGCGAUCCCCACGCUGCGGCCGCGCGCGCCGUGGCCCGGCGCCGAGAACCAGACCGGCAUACAUGCGCUGCAGAUCAACCCCUCUAGGACGCUGCUGGCGACGGGGGGUCGCAACUCGUGCGAGCUAGCCAUCUACAGCCUGCCCACACUCGACCCUGUGUGUGUGGGGGAGGCGCACCGGGACUGGAUCCUGGACAUGUGCUGGCUGGACGACGAGUUCCUGGUGACGGGGUCGCGCGACUCCAAGCUGGCGCUGUGGCGCGCGCCGCCCGACGCGCAGCCCGCGCCGCACCACGGCUACGUGGCGCCCGUCGCGCUGCGCGACUGCAGAGCGGGUCAGAAAGUGCGCGCGAUCACGUUCAACGAGAAGUGGCGCGAGAUCGCCGCGCUGACGCUCAACGGCUACAUCCACGUGUGGAACGCGGCCACCUUCCGCCAGACGCUGUCGCGCAAGCUGCCCUCGUGCCAGGACCUCGUCUGCCUCGCCACGCAGGAAAGCGGCAUAUACGCGAUCGGCUGCAAGUCGUACACCCUGCUGCUGGACUGCCGCACGCUGCAGUCGGUGAAGAAGAUCACGUCGCGCUACAACGGCUGCGGCAUCCGCUCCGCCAGCUUCCGCGGUGACAUGCUCACCAUCGGCACCGGUCUGGGGUUACUGAUGUUCUACGACUUGCGCGCGGGAAAAUACCUGGAGAGCAACAUUCAUUCCUCCAAAACUGUCACGUUGAAAGCUUCUAGAGGAUACGUGUUCCCAGAUGAAGAGGCGGACGGCUUCAACCAAAUGAAGUACGUGCCAGCAAUCUACACGCACUGCUACGACGAUAGCGGCACCAGGAUAUUCACCGCGGGGGGACCCCUCCCCGCGCCGCUUAUCGGCAACUACGCCGGUAUAUGGCAGUAGCCGCACUACAUGUGGUCAGUGGUCACCAUGUGGCAACUAUGACGGUAAUACACUUGCCAUAUUACUAAUGGUCACCAUAUUGUACUGGUCACCAUAUACUGGUCACCAUAUUAUACUGGUCACCAUAUACUGGUCACCAUAUACUGGUCACCAUAUAAUACUGGUCACCAUAUAAUACUGGUCGCCAUAUACUGGUCGCCAUUUUAUACUGGUCACCGUAAUAUACUGGUCACUAAUAAUGGCCCCCUUGACCAAAUACAAGUCAAACGGUCAAGCAAUGCAAAUUGUGGCAUAGAACUAUUUUUUGGUCUAAUAACCCUAAUGGUUACCAGAAUACUUAUGUAACUUUCGAUCAAUACAGCAUAGUAUAUAUUAUACAACAGUAUAGUAUUCUAUACUCAGUGGCACAAUUAUCCGCCCACUUUAAUAUACUCGCGUCAUAUUAAAGUGGGCAGAUAAUUGUGCCCCUGAGUAUAUUAUAUGUGAAUACUGGGAGGCUAUUCUGUAACGAUGUUUUUAUCACUCGGACAGUGUGAGCUUCGAACUCGUAUACAUCGCUCUUUGUCUACAGUAUCGUGUUAGACGGAGAGGGAUAGAGGUGAAUUCGUAACUUGCUAGCCCUCCUGGUAAAGUUUUACAUUAUCAAUCUCUAUUGUAAAUAUUUUAAACAACAAAGAAUGAACUGCCCGUAUUUAUAAACGUAAUUCUUUGUAAAAAUGUGACCAGUUAUAGGCCAGUCAAUUAAGCAAAAUAAAGAGCUCAACUUCGGAAUGAGAGAUAAUAAACUGUUAACUCCUAUACGCCUUUAUUUUGGUGUUAAAUAGGUUGUUUAAAGUCUCAUAAAAUCUGCAUUACAAUUCAUCGAUCUAUAUCAAAACGAUCAUUAAAUAUCAAAAGGUUUUCUUUAUUAUCUGUUUCUAUAAAUCCAAUGAUGUCAUUAAUUAUGAAAAUGAAAGAGCGAAAUCCUUGACCUUCAAUAACUUACGACGCAGACACGAGAUAUUGUAAACUUCGAGAAUUUUUAGAAUACUUAAUUUAUUUUAACAACUCUUCUAUAACAAGAUCCCCAAGACUGUGAUGGACCUGCCAAUGCAUAGCUUUAAGCAAUGUGUUAAAAAACAUUUACUUAGUCGAGGUUACUACAACAUUGAUGAGUUCCUUAAAGAUAAAAGCGCUUGGAGGCCAUUGGAUCAGCUUCCACCUUCACACAGGAAAUAAAACUAUAAGAAAUUGUAAUUGUUAUCAAUUGUAAAUUAUAAUACUGUAUGACUUUUUCAAAAGAGCAACUGUUGAGUUUGUUGCCGGUAUCUUCUCAGCAGAACCUGCCUUCCGAACCGGUGGUAGAAUCUUUACAAAUAGUCAACUGACGUGUCAAAAGUGCUUGUAAACUGAGCCUACUUGAAAUAAAUGAUUUUUGAUUUUGAUUUGAUUUUUAAGUCAUAUACACCAUAAUGAAGUAUAUGACUUUACUGCUUAUUAUCUCUUAUUCCGUGGUAAAACACUUAUUUGACUGGAAUAUUAUCAAAAAUAAGCAAUAACGAAAUGGGAAUUUCACGUACAAAUAAAUCAUAUUUAUAAAAAUAUAUUUAAAAAAAAAACAGACUAUUAUAUAAAUGCUGUACCCAAAUUCAAUAGGUUUGUUGUUUUAUAGAAAUGUUCACUAUCUUUGUUUAAUUUUCGCACUCGACACUAGAGUCAUCCAUCAGCCUCAUUGGGUUUGUAGUGAACACGCCAUUUUUGAUUCUUAAACAUUGACUUCUUAUAAUAAAAGUACGCACAAUCAUGUAGAAGACACUUGAAAACUGGCUAAUUUUGCUUUGGCAGUUUUAGAAUUAUUGGUAAAGAAAAUUAUACCUAAAGGCCUUUAAUUAUAGUCCAAUAUUCAAUAAAAUCCCAAAAUCAGAGCAAAUUCAACCUUUUGGGUUGAAUUUGUAAAUGCAACGACUACUUGAAUUGAGUGCCAAGAUGUUGUGUUUGGCACUUAUUGAGUGACGUUUUUUGGUCGCUGAUUGUGCAUCCACUUUUUAAUAGGCGAUCGAUGUUCAUGAGCGAUGAAAAUGGAGUGUUUUCUAUAAAUUCAUCUAUCAGUAUAGUCUAGGAUCCGGCAUCAGAGAUAUAUACCCUCAUCUGUUAUUUAUUAGUGAUAAGAGAUAAAUGAUAGACAAUAUUCAGUGAUACAUUGCAAAUAGGUUGCCUAGUUAAAUUGCGGUAGACAAAUUUUUCACACAAAAUCUAGGAAACCAUGAACUAAAUGAAAGGCAAACAUCUAGAUGCACUAGCUAAAUAAGCUUUUAUUGACAUAUUAGAUAACUUAAUAUUUUUUUUUUUAUUCUUGACAAGUUAGCCCUUGACUACAAUCUCACCUGAUGGUAAGUGAUGAUGCAGUCUAAGAUGGAAGCAGAACUGAUGAAGGCAUGUAUAUAACGUUAAUUUAAUUGUUUAUAUCGGGCAGCCCCCCAGUUGCAGUAUGAAAGCAGGAAACCUUUUUAAAUUCUUUUGGGUAUAUUUAUUAUCAAGUACGAUUUUUUUUUUAAUUAACCAAUGAGGAAAGGAGAUUAAAUAAAUUUAAAAAAAAAAUAAUAAUUGAACUAGGCAACCUAUGUGCACUGUGUCAAUGUGAAUAUUUUCUAUCAUUUAUAUCUUAUAACAAUUAAAUAACAGAUGAGGGUAUAUAUUUGUUAUGUCGGAUCUUGUACUAUAUGUAUAGUCUGGCAAGUUCGUUAAUGACACUCCCAUGAUACGCGACGGGGUGAAAAUUGAGCGGGUGUGAAAUCGUGCGUGCGGGGAAGUGAGGUCCAUCAGUCGUGGGUUUUUCAUUCAUCGCUAAACGCCCCCCGACCCGCGUGGACCAUCGGGCGUGUUACGAACGAAGUUGCCAAGCUAUAACACAUACGUUUCAGUGUCAAGUCACACCUUCUAAGCUCUAGUAUUGCAUUUUGUAAAUGUACACUGUAUUCUAAGUAGUAUAAAAAUUGUAAUUAAAAAUAAUAUAUUAGUGUAGUCUAGAAGUGAGUUUCUGGAGAAAGAUUCGUUAAAUAUAAAUAACAUGAAAACUGAAGAAUUUUAAUGACUAGUCAAGCUUCGCUUUGACUUGUUCCUUACCCCUAUCCUAUUUUACUUCCACCCUACCCCAACCCUACCCUACCCUUAAGAUCUAUAAUUGACCCUUAAACGUUUGUAUAAGAAAUAGAACAGGGUUGUUUUAAAUUAUUAUUCUAAUUUAUCUCACCUUUUAAACCUUCCCUAUACCUCCACGAACAUUUCAAGACCAAGAUAAUGAUGUCAUCAUCAAUAUUUAUUAUCUGUUUGAAUGACUCACGUUUGCCUUCACUUAUAUGAAAGCUAAAAAAUCUCCCCAGUUUUUGUAAAUAAAACUAACUGUGUGCCAACGAUAUUGCUCAAGAAACUCACUUAUUGACUGGACUAGUUGAAAAAAAUUACACAAAAUUAUUAUAGCUAUAAUGAAAUGAAGUGGUGAUUGUAAAGCUGUGUACAGACUGUCGGGAUUAACGCAACCGCAUGUAUGACAACCAAUUUUAAACGAUAUGUGUGAGUAUGAGAUAAAGUGCAAUAAAAGAUGGACUUUUGGCCUAAUUCUUCAUAAUAUAAUAUCUCAGUGUCUUCCUUUGAACGAUCUUCCAGAAUUUAUGUAGAAUAAGUAAGUAUUUGAAUGAUUUUAUUGUAAUAUCAUGUAAAGAUAAGCCACUAAAUCUCACUACAUCAUACAAUAAUAUCAAAGCAUCCAAAACGCAAAUGUUAAAAUGUAAAGGAGUGAGUAAAGUAGAUAGCUGUACCUCAGGUGAUGAUAAUUUUCACUUUAGAUAAGGUGGCUCAUCUGCUUGUUUCAUCAAAAAGUUGACGUACUAUAAUUCCUAUUCGAAGACAUAAAAUUUUAUUCCAUUUUAACAUUACAUUUGUUUUUUUUUAAACAUUUGAACAUUUACUUGUUUUUUUGUAAUAUAAUAAGCUUACACGUCUAUUAGGCAGAUUGUAGAUAAAUAUACAUGAGACCAAAUUCUGGUAAUAAAUGAAUUUUGAACAGGUCAUUGCUUACAAAUUCACAAUAGCCUUGCAUUAUAACAACAAUUACGCUGACCGAAGUCUGUAAGCGGCUUAAGACUUUAUUAAAAUAAGGCGGUGCCUACACAAGAGAAGAAAAUCGCUGUGGUUAGUCUUUUUUUUAUUUUAUUGAUAUGGGAUAAUCAUAUGAUAUAGUUUGCAAAUGAGUUUUAUUACUUAAUCUGUAUAUAGUAUCUGACUUUCUUCGUUUUACAAUCAUAAAUAUGUAACUUAAUUAUUUAAAUAAUGGAUUAGUAUAUGGAAAAUUAAAAAAAAUCCAAAAUUUUUAUUUCUAAAAUUUUUAAUAUAAAUAAUUACAUAUCGCUCGAUAAGUAUAUAGUAUUGAUUAUACUAAUGUCAAAUUGCAAUUAUAUAACACGGCUUUUUACAUAACUUGAAUUUGCUAUGAUGCAUAUAAGUACCUACCUAUAUUUAAUAUUUACAUAAUUUGUAGCAAGAGUGGCUUUAGAUAAAAAACGCAAAACAAACCAAAAUGAACUACAUUUUUCAUUUAAAUAAUAAACAGUGUUAGAUUUCACUUAUCAUAGUAUAGUAAUUUUAUUUGAAAACUUCCGCGAAUUUUCCGCAAGUGUGGACCGGACCGCCUUUAAUAUUAUAUAGAAAAAUGGGCAUAUUAAAUUUUAAAUAGUAAUUAAAAUUAGAAGUUUGCUAGAGGAUUGUGUUCCCUUAAAUUAAAAUACAUAAUUAUAAAGCAAUUGUAAAUUUUUAAUAAAUUAAUUUUUAAUUUGUAUAUAA